AUGCCUUACAUUACAAACGGCAACGACGCGGCCCUUCUGCAGCUUCAGUACCUUGCAGAAUCCAUUGGGCUCAACCGCAGCUAUCUCAAGGUCGACUCGGAUAACCUGAACAUCGAACACGACAUCCCGGUCGAGGCCGUCAAGCGCCCCGAUAUCGAGUGGCACCCAAGCUACGAGACGUACCAGGCCCGAGGGUUCCCAGACCAGAUCUCUUCCCCUCGGGUUUGGACCGGUUCGGACUUUGCCGACCCCGUGAAGUUCCUGGUGCAUUUGUCCGCCGAAGAUGUCGAGGAGAUCAAGGCUGCCCUGGCAUUCUUCAAAGGUCUGGAUGGCGAUAACCUGCCCGACGACGUGUCUACGAAGACUUUCCCACUUCCAACGCUCGGCGCCCGGCUCAGGGAGGUUGCCGUCAACAUCCAUCUCGGCACCGGGUUCAACGUCAUUCGUGGCCUGAACCCGGCUGACUUCUCGCCGCUGGACAAUGUCCUCAUCUAUCUCGGCAUCACCAGCUACAUUGCCGAAAUUCGCGGUUGCCAAGACUACGAUGGGAGAAUGAUUGUGCACAUCAAGGAUAUCGAGAGAGAAUUGCCCGAAUCCACGGGCCGGCCGUCACCGUACACCAAUCGGGCACAACCGUUUCAUACUGACAUGUGCGACAUUCUCUCCAUGUAUGUCCUCGACACGGCGGUCCAAGGCGGAGAGAGCUUGCUAGCCUCGUCGGGCAUGAUCUACAACGAGAUCGCAGCCACGCGGCCCGACAUCAUUCAUCUUCUCGCCGACGACAAGUGGAUUCAUGAUGAGCCGCUGCUCUUCAACUUCGAGAAGCACGGCCCGGGCUUCUGCUACUCUCGCCGGCCCCUGACCGGCGCCCCCUUCUCGCCCCACCACCCGCAGGUGCCCGCCAUGACCGAGGAGCAGGCGGAGGCGAUCGACGCGGUGCACUUCACCGCCGUCAAGCACCAGCUCACCAUCAAGCUGGAGCCGGGCGACAUCGAGAUUUUCAACAACUUGGCACUCAUGCAUGCCCGGAAUGCCUUCGUUGACAGCGACCAGCCCGAGGCUCGGGAUGUUAUCGUCGGCGACUCGCACGAAACGAGGCGGAGGUCGCUGAACGGGAAGCGCCACAUGCUCCGCCUGUGGCUCCGGUCCGCCGACGACAAGCUCGUCUGGAAGACGCCUAAGGCUCUCGAGGCGAACUCGUUCGAGAUCUACGGGGACAGCGAGGCGAGGAAGCUUGCCAAGUGGGAUGUCCACCGCGCGCCGCCCAUCAACCGGGUUUUGACGAAGCAUUUCAAGUGCUCUUGA